UUACGUUAUAGCACCCAAGAUCCCGAAAGAAAGGAAAGUAAUGGAGUCAAUGCUCUGUUUCCAAAGGUUAUGACAUCGCAGUUGUUCAGCACCAUGGUGCUCGUUCUGUGGAACUUUCGUUACUCUCGCAGCAAGAUUCAUCUCGACCCAGAUGCGUCCCGAAACGUGUCUGAACUGAUCACCAGCAAAGGCUACCCCGUGGAAGAGUACACGGUGACCACUGAAGACGGCUACAUGCUGCGUGUCCAACGGAUACCUCACGAAAGAAACGACAGCACGCAACAGCGAAACUACAAAGCCGCCAGCGAAAGCAAGACACCGGUACUCAUCCUUCACGGAACGGCCAUGUCGUCCGCUGACUUUGUUCUGAACUUUCCAAAUCAAAGUUUGGGAUUUCUACUCGCUGAUGCGGGAUACGACGUCUGGCUCGGCAACUUUCGAGGCAACAUCUACACUAGUCACCUUAGAUACUCUAAAAUUAACCCCAUCUUCUGGAACUUCAGUUUUGACGAAAUGGUCAAGCACGACUUGCCGGCUACGAUAGACACAGUGCUGAACUUGACACAUCAAGAACGGCUACAGUACAUCGGCUGGUCUCAGGGAUCUCAGGUUUUGUUCGGUCUGCUCUCCGAGAGACCCGAGUACAACAGUAAGAUCAUACUUUUCACGGCCAUGGCUCCCGUUGCCUACUUGGGACGCAUGAGGACCCCUUUGCUGGCACUCGAGCCGUACGCUGAAGUCAUUGCGGCAUUCCUCAGACUCACCGGAAGUGGAGGAAUCAUGGUAAACACAGCGCUGACGAAGCUCGGAGCCAGACUGAUAUGCGGAAGUGACUUCACAAUAGACAUGUGCAUCGCAGCGGUAGCUGUACUGAACGGCAUCGACUGGAAGCAGCUGAACAUCAGCCGGCUGUCAGUAUACCUGAGUCACGACCCAUCGGGCACGUCAGUGCGUAAUGUUUACCAUCUUACCCAGCUUGUACGUUGCAACUGCUUCCGAAAGUACGACUACGGGAUGCUGCUCAACAUACUGAAUUACCAAACGUGGCGGCCACCCAGGUACGAGCUAUCCCGCGCACGAGUUCCCGUGGCGCUCUACCACAGCGCAGGUGACUGGUACGCCGACCCAUGGGACGUGGGGCGGUUGCAGAGGGAGCUGCCCAGUGUUGCCCGUCUCUACAGAGUGGCCGACCGGCGGUUCACGCACUACGACUUUGUCGUGGGAACGGGCAACCAGGCAGCACUCCUCUACAGCGAGAUGAUACAUUUCAUGGAACAGUAUCGAAACGACGCCAUGGCAUCUCCCCCGUGAGUGCAGUGACGUGCAGCGGAUAUCCUAUAGGAAUCCACUGCCAGAAUAUGGACAUCCAAGGGUUGCGUCGAAUCCGUCCAGCGGAUGUUGUUUGGCUACACUUUGUGUCCUGCGGACAUUCCUAGCAUCUUCCCGAGGGACAUCAUGGGGGACAUGCUGUGUACAUUUCACGGACUCGUUAGAGCCUUUUGCAAUGUUUGCAUGAAUAUUUUGUUGGCAGCAGAUGCUGUGUGACAGAUGGUACAGGUAGAAUGUGUGCACAGGAAGAUUACACAUCACGUGCACACAUAGGCAUACACGCACACACAAGCCACAUUAAACGUAAUGCCAAGUCCUUACAUUGUGAUGUCUCAGUUUUAUACAAACCAAACCGAACCAAACUGUAACCUUUGUUCAACCAUAACAAGCUUGGCUAAUUGCAUGCACUUACUUCCACCAAUUAAUGUGCAAAUGUGUUUAACUAGGCUGCUUGCAAACAAGUAGCCACAUAGCAAAAUGUUGUACGCCCUUGCUCUUGACCAAUGUGAUCGAGACCAAAAAGGACACUCCUCUGAACAUUUUAUCACUGAUCAUUUCUGGCACCCGGCAUCGCAGAUCGCUCUCUUAGUAAGCUGAUACAGCAGAUGUUCUGAUAUUGGAUCUCAAACAGGCAUGCCUCUAACGCUACACAAAUUCAAUUUAGCAUUGCAUGCAAUUCGUCUGACAGCUGCAGAGUGAAGACCGAGUGUGCACUUGGUUGCUGACAGACAAUUAAGCAGUCGCCACCAUUUAACAUUUGAAGUAUGUAGAGUUUGACGAAACUUAACAAAACUUGCGGCAAGAAUCCUGUCAACCAGUACGCUGAUCACCAGCUUCAUGAGAAAGUGCACUCAUUUCAGUACAGGCUUGCACUGUGUCCAAUCCAUACCAUAGAUGGUGCCUUACCUCUCCACUGACAUGUGAAUUCGAAACUGUGUAAUGAAUCUCAGUAUCGAAGCAUGCACAUAGGAGCCUGUAUUCUUCUGCACUAGAAUCAAUUAGCUUAUGAGCUGCCAUCUUAUUAGGCAUACAGAGCCACUGCUCUAUCUCCGAUGAUGACCACCUGUGUGUAACUCGGGAGAGAUGUUGCACAAGAGCCAGGUGCGUCGAGUGCUUCACAUGAAGGCAACCCAAGCCAAAGGAAUAGGGUUGAUUGGUAGCACCUACUGUAAUAAAAGAUUAUGGCAGAACUCAUGUCAUGAUGACUGUCGACGGUAAUGCGAACAGCAAUCGAGCAAUACAGUGACAGACCAUA